AUGUCUUCUACUAUACCACAAAUUCUACCAAAUCCAGACCUAGGUUUCAAAGUGAUUGUGACUAAAGAAGAGUUCAACUUGUUUCACAACAUUGAUCGACAACUAUUCAUUCGUUUGGUUUUGGAGCUCGGUCGUGAAAUCUCUGAAUCGAUCAAUGUAAUGGCCUUCCUUAUGUGCAUUGAGAUGAUAAGUAAAGAAUUCAAUUUGGUAGCAAAGAUUCUCAAGCAUUGGUCAAACGUUAUGCUAAACAUGCUAGCUGAUGAAGCUGUCUUCAUCCUUGAUUGCAUUGUGAGUUCUCCAUACCCUAAUGAUUGUGUAAGGGAAAAGAAAUUACCAUUGAUUCAACACAUAUUGCACCACAAUGCGACGUUCGAGUUUUUCCAUGAAAAACGCCUCGAAUUGAUCACUGAUGUCACAAAGUACAUCAAUGAAGUAUGUAUUAGAGCGUUUACAGAUAUUAUUGAACAUGUGAUUUAUAAUGGUGUUACCGAGCAGCAAGAGUUAUAUCGUGCAAAUCUUUACGGGACUGCUAGCCUUCCUACUCACAUGCUACCACAAGCAGCAUAUUAUACUCCUAAUGAUUGUCCAAUUGUGCCACAAGAAAUUGAUGAUAGGACCCUCUUCAUAACAUUUUCCAGAGGUUAUCCGGUUUCAGAAAAUGAACUUAGAUAUUUCUUCUCAAGAGAAUUUGGAGAUAUCAUUGAAAGAGUGAUGAUGCAAGAAGUUAAUCAACCAGAUCAGCACCCAUUGUAUGCUCGUCUUGUGGUACGUCGUGAGGGUAUGGAUGUAAUUAAUUAUCUUCUUGAGUAUAACCCAAGAUUGAAAUUCAUCAUCAAUGGGAAACAUGUUUGGGUCAGAAAAUAUUUUAGCAAGCCACCACCACCACCGUAUGAAGCUGGGACAUCUUGGUAUUUUCCAUGAUGCAUGUUUUCUUAAACUUUGGUUUUGUUGCUUUAGAUGAAGCUGGGACAUCUUGGUGUUUUUCAUGAUGCAAGUUUUCUUAAACUUAAAUUUUGUUU